AUCUUAUUUAUUUAAUAAAUAGCCUAAUUUUCUUCGAUAGAAAACAUAUAAUUAUACAAGGAAUUCAAAAUUUCGCACAAUGUCAAGUGAAAAUAUGAACUUACCGAAAGCUCCUAAGGAUCUAUGUUUCACAGAGUUAGAUUUCAUCCAAGAAAAUUUCAAUGUCGAUACAUUCCUUCAAGAACGCAAAAAGAAAUCAAAGCUAGAAACAAUGCGGGACGAUCUGGGAAUAUAUUUGAAAUUGCUAAGAUCUGCCAUGAUCGACUUAAUCAACAGAGAUUACAUUGAUUUUGUAAAUUUAUCAAGUAAUUUAAUUGGAUUAGACAAAGCUAUUAAUGAUCUGCAAGCGCCAUUAGGUCAAUUAAAAGAAGAAGUAAUGCAAGUACAACAAACUUUGGACAACGAGAUCAAUGCAAUUUCCAUUAAUAUUAAUGAGAGCAAAAAGAUAAGGGAGCACAAGCAAAGUUUAUAUAGUUUACAAUAUAUUUUCAAAUCAUUAAAUAAACUUUCAUCAGUAUUAUCGUUGAACACGUUUCUGGAAAGUCCUGCUAAAAUAGAUAUUUUAGAGCAAGCUGCAACAGAAUUUAAUCAGUUACAAUUUCACAUGUCCAGGUGUAAAUUAGAUAUUAUCGAAGACAAACAAAAAGAAUAUAAACAACUGGAUCAGCAUUAUAUGACUCAUCUAAAUGAAUUUUUCUUAGCAUGUAUUCAAGAGAAAAAUUCUGUCCUAUUAAUUCGUUGCUUGAGAAUAUAUAUUAUGCUGGAUAAAGUAAAUGAUGCGGAGAAUUUAGUAAGGGAUGAAAUUGUUAGUCCAUUAGUGGAUAAUGUGAUCAAUAUGGAAAACCUGCAAGUAGACUCGCUUGGCCUACAAAGUAUAUAUAACAGAUUGUUAAACAUUCUGAGUGUGGAACUGAAACAACUUUUAGAUAUUACGUUGCAUCCUAACAGAUGCUCUGUUAAAGGCUUUAACUUUUUAGUAAACAGUUUUUGGAUUAAUGUAGAAGAGAAAAUUGAGCAACAUAUAAAAUGUAUUUUUGCCCCAGGAGAUCCAAUAUUAUUCCAUUCUAGAUAUGUGGCAACAUUAGAAUUUCUGGAGAAAUUAGAAGCUGAAUUUGUUACAUCUGAUUCUUUAACUGCAUUAAAGGAAAAUGUACAGUAUAAGAAUUUUUUGAAGAAAUGGAAUUUACCAGUAUAUUUUCAAAUACGAUUUCAAGAAAUAGCUACCAAUAUUGAAACUGUCUUAAUAGAACCCAUAUCACCUGCAUCGAUAAAAGGAACUUUGGAAUCUCUUACAAGAAAUGAAUUUUCCUUGCAUGCGACGUACAUCGUGUGGGAAAAUUUGCAAAGAAUCUGGACCGAUGAUGUAUAUCUUUAUCAGCUUUUUCAUAAAUUCUGGAAAUUCAAUUUGCAGAUAUGUGCAAGAUACCAAACAUGGUCCAUGGCAGUACUUAAAGAAGUGUGGCCUAUUGAAAAUGAAGUAGGAUCUCUGAGUAAAUCUGAGCAUUCCACAAAACUUAAUUUUUUGAUAUAUUUGAAUCAUGAUCUACAGAAACUGGUAGAAAUGCUUCCAUCCCAUUUAAAAAUGGUUUCAGCGAAACUUAAACACCAAACUCCAACGAUAUUAAAGUUAUUAGAAGAUUCUCUGUAUGAAACCAUAACAAAAUUCGAAACAAUUUUUUCGCAAAUCACAGAAGAAAUUGUGAAUGAAUUUUUGAAACAAUGUGUAACGCAUUUGAAGCAAGUAAGUGAUAUACCAAGAUUAUUUAGGCGAACAAAUAGGGAUGUAUCAACAAAACCAUGUGCUUAUGUAAAGAACGCACUCGCUUUUCUUGUAAACUUUCAUGCAGACUACAAGAAAUUGAUCCCCAAUAAUGUUAAUUAUUGGUUGGAAUUGACUCUUUCUUCCUUGACUGAACACUACUUGGCGUCUGUAACAGACGUUUUAACGUCAGUUCAAAAGACUGAAGAGAGUCUACGAAGAUUGAAAAAAAUACGCGAUAAAUCCACAGGUACUCUUUCUUCUGAAGUUCAAGGAGUUAGUGAUGAUGAAAAAAUACGUAUUCAAUUGCAAGUUGAUGUACAAGCUUAUAUCAAUAUGAUUGCUGAAAUCGAAAUUGCAACUUCAAAUGUGCGCUACGUGGAAGAACUGUUACAUACUGUUGAAGCAGCGACUAAAAGAUAAUAUUUUUUCCUUCUCCCUUUUAGAUUUGUUUAUAAAUAUUUGAAACAAGUUUUCACAGUCUUCGUUGAUGCUACUUCUUUACUGUUGUUAAAUGUACUUAUUUAAUGUACAUACUUUGUACAUAAUAUUCGCAAUGAAAAAAUUAGCUUAUUCUUUAUUUAAUAUUAAAUCCUUUUUUUGUUAUUUAUCCUCUUUUAAGUGAUUACAAAUAACUUAAAAAAAAAUACAAAUAUUCAAAUAAAAAUUUACGUAACAGACAUUUAAUAUAUUAUUUACACGAACAUGGUAUUAUACAAAACGUAUGGUACGUUCUAUUCUCUUCAGCAGAAGAUACAGUAUUUGUUUAUGUUAAGUUCUCAUCCCAAAAAUCACUGUACGGUAAUUCAAUGGUAGUAAGCUUAUCUUCAUGGGGAUAGGAUGGAUGCCACCAGUUCAGAACUUGCCACUUGACGACAUCAUUUAAUAUCACUUGGUGCGUUAAUGUAUUAGGAACAUCGGAUGUUCCAAAACCCAACUGUAAUCUGUUAUUUUUAAAACCUUGCAUUAAAGUCACUGAUACCUUUUGUAAAAUCAGUCCGGUUACUGGUGGUAACAGACUAUACCUUGAACAAGCUACCUAUAAAUUAAUAAGAUAAAUAGCUAAAACAUAAUAGUUAUGUGCCACAUACAACUGACAUAUAUUGUGUUAAGUACCCUAAGUAGUUUACAACCCUCUUCCGGAUUUACAGCUACAUCUUCCAACAUUUCAAGAAAUUCUGUCUUUCUACCAUUUACUUUAGGUUUCUCUUUUAUUGAGUUCCUGGUCGAUUUUGGUACUUCUUUUAAUUUAAAAUAAAAAUAGCACAACAAUUUUCCUUUCUAAA